UUGCCCGGGUCGAAAUUUCACACGCCCAAUCAUCUCUCCCUCCCAUCUCUCUUUCUUUUGGCGUCAAAAUCUCACUGUUUAUCACAGUCAAAAAUUUCUCCAAAAACUCUCUAAUCCUUAAAACCCAACUUCCCCAUUUAUUCCCACCCUCUCUCUCGUUAUCAUUUGUCUUCUUUUCUUCUAAAUUUCAUCAAUUCUAGGGUUUAGUUGAUUUAUUUAUUAAAAAACCCUACUUUUUUUCUUUAUUUUUCUACUUUUUUUUUUUUGUGGGUCUGCUCUUUGCAGAUAGAGGAAGUUGGAGAGUUGGAGCAGAGAGGGCCAUUCUGAUUCAAUGGAGGCCGCGGCCAGUGUCGCCGCCACACGAAGCGGUUCGCUGCCGAUGCCAUCACCGUCGCGGAAGGAGUGGCGUGCCGUUUCCGACCAUCACGCGGUUCGGAACCCCGGGAAUGAAGUGGAAUUGGAAAGAUCAAAGCUGGGACAGUCAGAUGAGAGAACCAUAUACGAGGUGCAGCAUGGAAGAGAGCCUGCCGAUGUUGACUUCUGUUCAAUCACGGUGGAUGGAAGUUUAGAUGAUGACAUAUUGCAGCAGCGGAUUCAUAAUGUUACUAGACAGAGAGAGGAGCUCCAGCAGAUGGAGGUUGAACUUCGAGCUCAGGCUAUUGCAAGAUCAAGGAUCCUGGAAAUGCAAAGCAGCUGUGAUGCUAAAAUCAAAGCCCAUGCAAACGCUGCCUCUAAGCUUGAGGAGCAACUCCAUGAAAGUGAACAGGCCAUACAUGAAUUAGAAAGGAAAAUGGAAGAGAAGGAGAGAGAACUGCAUGCCAUCAAAGUGGAAAAAGAAGAGGCCUGGGCAAAGGAAGACCUUCUAAGAGAGCAAAAUAAGGAGCUGGCAACUUUCAGAAGAGAACGUGAUCAUUCAGAAGCUGAGAGAGCCCAACAUAUAAAGCAGAUACAUGAUCUUCAAGAGCAUGUUCAAGAGAAAGAGAGGCAGCUUAUAGAGUUGCAGGAGCAGUAUAGGGCUGCUCAGGAGACCAUUCUUUAUAAGGAUGAACAGUUGAGAGAGGCCCAAACUUGGAUUUCACGUGUCCAGGAGAUGGAUGCGUUGCAGUCCAGCACUAAUCACUCGCUACAGGCUGAAUUGCGAGAACGUACAGAGCAAUAUAACCAGCUCUGGCAUGGCUGUCAGAGACAGUUUGCAGAGAUGGAGAGACUUCAUUUACAUACAGUACAUCAGCUUCAACUUGAGCUGGCUGAUGCAAGAGAAAGGAAUGGUUCUUAUACUGAUGAAUCACAUAUAUCCCAAGCAAAUUCAAAAGAUUUAUCUCAAUUUGGUCAAAAUAAUGGAAACCAAGUGGAUUCUAAUGGAAGUGGUGCAACAAAUGCUAAUGCUGGGGUCAUUUCAAAUGGGACUUCAGACAAUGUUCAAUCGUUUGCUUCAGCUGGCAAUGCACCAACUCAGAACCAGAAUGACCAUGUUUCGAGUGUUCCGAUUGCUCCAUCAUCUCUACUUGGGAUGCCUACCUACCUCCCACCUGGGCAGGUGACUGCUUUGCAUUCGUUUGUCAUGCAUCAACAAGGGGUUCCCCCUUCGGUGGCAUCUCAUGUUGGACACUACUCAAUGCCAGCAAUGUCAUCCAUCCAACAGUGGCAGAACCAACAGACUGCAUCAGAGGGUUUCCAGCGAUCUGCACAUAAUCAACUUCCACCAUCCCAAACUGAUCAAAGCCUUGGGAGGUCAGAUGUAAAGUAUGAUUAUGAAAUGUCUGUCAAUGGACAAACCAUUCAUCCAGACUAUCUGGAUCAUAUCAGCCAAGGGCCAGAGGCCAAUUCUGUGAUGUCAUCAUCUGCUGGGAAAGCACAGGUCCUUGAGUCAAUUAACACAAGUUACAUUGUGGACCCACAACCUGAGCCAAGCUUGCAGCAAGUUUCUUCUCAAUUUCAUGAUGCAUUGAGAUUGGGCACUCUUGAACAGAGCUGUGAAUCCAAGGAACAGAAUAUUCUGAAUAUGAAUAAUCACGUGCUGGAGAACCAAGUUCUAGCAGUAGAAGGAGCAAGUACUGCUGCUAGCCCAUCUCCUCCUGAUACUUCAGUGCACUCUGUUAAUUUUAGUGAAACAACAAUCAACGAUGGCACUGAUGCUACUUUGCCCGAGAAGUCUGUCUCAACUGGGCAGACUAUCUUGAUAUCAGCCAAGACUUCAGAGACUGCUCUGCUUGAUGAAAGAUCAUUAUUGGCUUGCAUAGUUCGCACUGUUCCUACCGGUGGCAGAAUUCGGAUCAGUUCAACGCUACCAAAUAGGCUGGGGAAAAUGCUUGCACCUUUACAUUGGCAUGAUUACAAGAAAAAGUAUGGAAAGCUGGAUGACUUUGUAGCCAGUCACCCCGAGUUAUUUGUGAUUGAGGGUGAUUAUAUUCAGCUUCGGGAGGGAGCCCAAGAGAUGAUAGCAGCCACUGCUGCUGUUGCCAAAGUUGCUGCAGCUGCCGCAGCAUCGUCUCCUUACUCCUCAUUUUUGCCUUCUGUUGCUGUUACUCCAAUGGCACAGCCUAAUCGACUAAAGAAGGUGCUCCCAUCAAUUGAUUCCAACCAUGUGAAGAAUGAGAAUGCUGUUUUCAAGGAGUAUGCAGCCAUCUCUAAAAAUGCAGCUGAUAAUCGUUCACAGCUUUUAGGAAUGCAGAAUCAACAUGCCAAUGGCAUUUGUUUUGGUGUGGCUGGAGGUCUCUCAAAUGUAAAGAUAUUGAGCAAAUCUAAAGAUCCUGCUGAAAUUAAUGGAGCAAAUUUUGAGAGAUCAAGUGUGACAAGUGUUGAAAGCAAGGGCUCUGGUCAUGGAAGGUCUAAUUCAAAUUUUGUUGGAAAACAGCAGGGCAGGGCAACUGGGGCAGCAUUAUCUUCUAGAAGAUAGUGGGUGCAUUUACCUCAAUUGAUAUACUGAAUUGCAAUGUUCAGUUGUGGAACAUGCAUUAUUGCAGAUUGCAAGCAUCUUGGGAUAUGAUUUGUAGUUAAAUGUAUCUCCUGAUCUUGGUCAUCGGCAAUCUUUUACAUCUGAGAAAAUUCUCUGAUUGGAUCAUAAGCUGACUAUUUAAAUUGUUUUGCUGCGCCUUUUGGCCGUCUGUUGGAAGAAAACACUAUUUUAUUUAAUGCGUGUUCAUGUCAUACUCAAGCUGCACAUUUUAUUUCCUGCAUCAGUAUUCGAGGCACCCAUACGUAACUAUGCAUUCUGGUACGUCAUACUGAUUUCACUUUGUGAAUUCCUAAGUAAUUAAAGCAAUGGUGAAUCGGGUCAAAUGCUCA